AGCCCAAGUCUAACGAAAGUGUAAGUACAAUAUAAUGGAGGUGCAAGGAAUCUGCCAAUCUAGAUUAACCUGUGCAACAAGCUGUGAAUUAUAUCCUUAUAAACAGCAUAUUCAAAUGCCAGAAGUAAAGGUAGGCACAAAAGGCACCUACCUUGGGCACAGAGAAGCAGAUCGGAAGGGCCACACAGACAGAGUGUCAGAAAGGCCAAGCAGCAGAGGGCAGCAAGCAGACAGGGAAAGAAGGGGUUAACAUGUGAGCUGCAGGAUCUCUGUGCCGCUGUGAAAUGAUUGGGCUUGCUGCCACCCCUGAGGUUUCUCUGGCAGAUGAGCCGGUGAGGAUUCGUGCUUGGGGGCUCCCCCCGCAGACAGCGAUCACCCUGAGAGCCUGGGUACGGGAUGAGAAAGGGGACAUAUUCCACUCCAGGGCAUUUUACCAGACUGACACAGAGGGCAAAGUGGAUCUGGAGCAGUCAGAAGCCACAGGGGGAGAUUUCCGUGGCAUUUACCCUAUGGGACUGUUCUGGGCUCUAAAACCAACCACCCCGUACCGGAGGCUGAUAAAACGGGAUGUUAUGGGGAGCCCUUUCCUUGUGCACCUGGAGCUGUAUCCUUCUGUGCUGCUUGUCCCCUCCGAGGAUCAUCUUCCUGCCGUCACUACAGUGGUGGAGAGGUGGUAUGUAGCUCCAGGGGUGCAACGGCUGCAGGUCAGAGAUGGGCGCGUCCGAGGGGCACUUUUCCUCCCACCAGGUGAAGGGCCUUUCCCAGGAGUCAUUGACAUGUUUGGUGGGAUUGGAGGCCUCACGGAGUUCCGGAGCAGCCUAUUGGCCAGUAGAGGGUUCGCCUCUCUCGCCCUCGCUUACUUUGCUUAUGAAGAUCUUCCAAGCUUUUUGGGAGUAGUGGACCUCACAUACUUUGAAGAAGCUGCUCAGUUUCUUCUGAGGAACCCUAAAGUGUCGGGGGAUGGAGUUGGAGUGGUCGCAGUGUGCAAAGGGGCAGAGAUUGCACUGUCUAUGGCCUCUUAUCUGCCACAGGUUCAAGCUACUGUCUGUAUCAAUGGGACCAAUGCAGUUAAUGGCAACUUUCUUACUUAUGGGAAUAUUUCCAUUGAGGGAAUCCCUUAUCAGAUAGAAAGAGCUCAGACAACACACUCAGGAGCCAUGCAGCUCAGCUUCACUUUACAGGACCCGAGGAAGCCGGAAUAUCAGGACUGCAUACUCCCCAUAGAGAGAGCCCGGGGCCCCGUCCUUUUCUGCGUUGGAGACAAAGACCAAAAUUAUGACAGCUUGUUCUUUGCAAAUGAAGCUUUAGCUCGGGCAAGGAAAAAGGGCAAGCAGAAUGUGUAUUUGCGGCGUUACCCAGGGGCGGGGCAUCUCCUGGAGCCCCCCGGCUCUCCUUUCUGCCCUGUUUCACAAUCCCCUUUCUUUCCCCUUCCCUUAAUGUGGGGUGGGGAGCUUGUGCCCCACUGUACAGCCCAGGAAACAUGCUGGAGAGAGAUGCGGGAUUUUCUCCAUAGCAAUCUUGCCCCCGGUACCAAGAGUAAGUUAUAGGGACUCUGGUAUUUAUGGGAGUUUACCUAGGAAAGCUAUCAAAAUAUGCCAAAUGUAAUUCCACUUAUAUAAGAAGUUGUAGGGUUCUAAAUGUCUAAAAAAUUGUAUGAAUAAAAAAAUCCCAAAUUUCCAAAGCACUAUUCCAGAGACUUGCACACUUCAGGUUUCAGGGCCGAUUCCAAUAACAAGGUUAUGUUAGGUUUACCCAUUUUUGGAAAGAACAGUAAAUAUGUCUUUCUACUGCAAAGAUCCCAGUCUCAAUGCUGUCCUAAACUUAUCAGUUUUUA